UAGAAAAAGGUUGGAGAUGUUGGGUGCAACUUGUACACGUCGGCUGCGCCCGCAGAUGGGGUUCCCCGCCAGCCCCAGGGGCCUCCUGAGUUAUUUCCUGACUCUCCACGUGCUCCGCCUGGGAUCAGCUGAGUUCAGAGUGGUGGGACCAGACCGACCUCUCCUUGCCACCGUGGGGCAGGACGUCGUGCUGCCGUGUCACUUGUCCCCACGCGCGGACGCUUGGAGCUUGGAGAUCAGGUGGAUCCGGCAUCAGUUCUCGGAAACGGUGCAUCUCUACCGAAAUGGAGAGGACCUGGAUUGGGCACAGAUGAGGGAAUACAUUGGAAGGACAGAGUUGGUCAGAGAUGGUCUCUCCAGUGGGACCCUGGACUUGCGACUCGCUGGGGUGAGACCCUCUGAUGAUGGCCAGUACGUCUGCACUGUGAGAGAUGCUGCCUCUUAUGAAGAAGCCAUGGUGGAGCUGGAGGUGGCAGCCACGGGCUCCGUCCCACUCCUCUCUCUGGAGGCUCACCAGGACGGAGGCAUCCGGGUGGUGUGUGGAUCGGCCGGCUGGUACCCGCAACCGGAGGUGCUGUGGAAGGCUGCCAGCGGGCAGCGUCUGCCCUCGGUCUCCCAGAGACGUUCCUCUGACGAGAGGGGCCUGUUUGAGAUCCAAGAUGUCGUCGUGGUGAGCGGGAAGGGCGAUGGGAACUUGUCGUGCGUGGUGAGGAACAGCCGCCUGGAGCAGGAGCAGGCGUCGUCCCUGCACAUCUCAGCUCCCUUUUUCCACAACGCCCGUCACUGGAUGGCAGCUCUGGGUGUCUCCCUCGUGCUUUCAGUGGCGUCAUUUGGCGUCAUCGCUUAUCUCUGGCGAAGGAAAGUGGGGCUGUCCAGAGCGCUGGGGAAUCGAGAUGCAGAACUAGGGGAACGAGACACAGCACUGAAGGAACAAGCUGCACGGUUGGGGGAACGAGACACAGCACUGGCGUGGAGAAAGUUCCUGCUUCCUGAAAAUCCAGACGUGGUGACCCUGGAUCCGAACACGGCUCAUUCCCAACUCGUCCUGUCGGACGAUCGGAUGCGCGUGAGGUGGCAAAGCGAAGAGCGGGACCUGCCCAACACCCCGGAGAGAUUUACCUAUUGGUGCUGCGUUUUGGGCCAGGAGAGGUUCCGGGAGGGGAGACACUGCUGGGAGGUGGAGGUGAAGGGGGAGGUGGGAGGCAACUCGUGGUGGGGCGUCGGGUUGGCCAAGGAGUCUGUGGAGAGGAAAGGGAGACCCUUCGUGAGCCCUAAAGGAGGGAUCUGGGCAGUGCGGCACCGCUAUGGGCAGUUCGUGUCUCUCACCUCUUCUCCCACCCUCCUCCCCCGGUCCCCGCUCCCCAGCAGGAUCUGGGUCUGUCUGGACUGCGCCCGGGGGCUGGUGACUUUCCUCCAUGCCGACACCGGGGUCGAGAUCUUCACGUUCCCACCAGCCUCGUUCAAAGGGGAGACCCUGCGCCCCUGGUUUUGGGUAGGAACAGAGAAAACCCAGCUGUGCCUGAGGGGCAGCGCCCCCCAGACCCUCAUCCCCCCUUCCCUCCCCUCCCCAGCCGCCGGCAGCCCCUGCCCUUCUCCAGAGACUCCCCGCGCUCCUCUCCUGGAUCCCGCGGGAGACGUCCAUCCCUGUGCCCCAGCCCAGGGAGCAGAGGGAGAGUGAGGGGCAGGGGAUGGAGGGGGGUCGCUUCGGGGUGUCAUGUCCCCUCCAGGAGGCUGCGAGCGGCUGGGGGGGGUGUCAUCCUUUCAGCUUUGAUGGAGGGAAUUUUCCUUCGGCUCUGGGUUGCCUUUUUGGAUUUAGCGGGUGAGAACACGACGUCGGGACGCGGCCGAGAGCCGUUUCCGUCCGUCAGUCGAGGGCUUUUUUCUUUUUUUUCGCCUUCCCGGUCGCAGCCCAGCGGGAG